AAAGCUUCAAUGAAACAGAUCUGUGGUUCAGAUGAAUAUGUUGUAUUUUCAGAUAUGAAAAAAGUUAUAAAGGAAAUGGACAGAAGAUAUUAUUUGGUUCAAAAUUUUCAGUGGGAAUUUUCCAUGUUGGAUCAUGAGCAUGUUGGUUGCAUUCCUGUUUCAAGUGCAAGGUUGAUGUUUGAAGCUGUGUUUGGUGCUCGCUUUUCCCCCGUGUGGUGGAAUCGCUUUCUUAGCCAUCGUCCUAUUCGUCACGCCCCACUGACUUUUGCAGAAAUAGAGGUUCCUUUAUGUGGGGAACCCCCAAACUUACCAGAAAGAAAACAUCACCAACAAACUGCACCCAUAAAAACUACUAAAACUCAUAUUCAAGUCUCACCUAAUGAGCCCAAAAAAGCAUCAAACAAAGAUAUUGUAAGCAUUGAAACUGUUGCACCAAUCGCUGCCAUAGAUAAUGCUCUGGAAAAAGAUGUCAGUGCCAGAAUCAUAACUCCAAGUCCAGAUUUUACUGAAACAGAAAGCACAUCCAGUAAGUCUGACAAGUCAUCAGAGAAUUUGGAACUUGAUGACUCCGCAGCUUCAGAUAGUGGCAAUAAAAUGAAAGACACAGAAGAAAGAAAGAAUCUCAAACGAGCGAUAAAAUCACGUGAUCAGCCGAUUUUAGAAUCAUCAAUUCGUGAUUAUGUGAAAAAGAAGUCAGACCAAUCACGUGAUGAACUGCUUGAAAAAGCAAAGAAACUUCUGGAAGUUUUGAAAUGCUCAAAAGCUUUAAACAAAGCAAUGGCAAACCGUAUAAUAGCUGAGAUAGAAGAAACAAUUGAUCGAAUAAAAAAGAACCGUUUUGAUCGUAAAGAACUUUCUAACGAAGUUGCUGCUGCUAAUGAGUUGUUGUUACGAUUACGACAUAUUGAGAAAUUAAGAAUUGAGGUCCUUGAGUUAAAACAAAGCACAAUUGCCGAGCUUAGGAGCUACAAAAGUCCAAUUCCAAUCGUCCACAAUGUGAUGGUGGCAACUUACCUGUUAUUAGGAGUUCAAGAAAAGGAAACCAAGAAAUGGACUUCGGUUCAAUCUCUGCUUGGUAAGACGGGUAAAGAGGGCUUAAAACGUCGAAUAAUGACUUUUAAAGAGAACGAAGUGUCGGUUGCUACAGCAAGAAGAGCUCAACAUAUUAUUGGACAAGACGAAGACUUAGAAUCAAUACGAGACGUGAGCGCUGGAGCAGCUACUUUUUAUGUUUGGGCCAAGGGAAUGAUAGACGAAGCAUUACAUGACAAAUAGUUUAAGCUACAUAAGUGUUCUGAUAAAUAUUUUUUAAGAAAUAAAAAUAAUUUAGUACAAACAACUUUAUCGUACACUAUAGAGUAUUUUAUGCCUCUUGAAUCAAAACAUUAGUGUCUUCCUAUGCACAUGCCUGCUAUGAUGGAUACAACACAUUCUAUAAUAUACCAUGCAUCUUAUGAUUCUAUUAUCAAGUAUUUUUUGUACUAAAAUCAUUAGGCCUACUGACAUAUAUAUAGCCUUUCUGAGUGCAGUAAUCUUUUCGCUGUUUAUAAUCUUAUGUAUCGCCGUAUUCUAUGAGCACUUACUAUUUAUAUCUGUAAUUUUUUACAUUGUGUUUUUUUAGAUUGCUGUAAUAAUUUUGUGAGUUUAAAAAACAAGCGGUACACGAUUGUUUUUUACAUAUGGUUUAAUAUAGUGUUCAAUAAAAUCUAGUAUUUGA